UACGACGAUGCCGUAAAAUGUGCAGAGAUUUGUUGUGGGGAGAUUAUUUUUGUAUAUUUAAAAAAAUGAGCUCGCUGUGAAUGAAAAAGGGGGGCGUGGGAGAAAGAGGGAACCUGAUAAAAAUCACCUCAGAAGUUCCAGCGCUCUCGCACGCUAAACCGAAGGGUGGGGGGAAAAAAACGGUCCGGUCACGUGACCGAGCCAAGCCCGGGUAAUUCAAAAAAAUUAAAAAUAUAUAAAUCUAACUAAUUGUAAACAAAUGGCCCCCUUAAAGUUUCGGAAGAUUGCAGUAUUGGGGUAUAGAUCAGUCGGAAAGUCAUCGCUAACAAUCCAAUUUGUGGAAGGACAAUUCAUCGAAUGCUAUGACCCUACAAUUGAGAAUACUUUUAAUAAAACCAUAAAUUUUGAUGGACAGGACUUCUAUCUGCAACUAGUGGAUACUGCUGGGCAGGACGAGUACUCUAUGUUCAGCCGGUCCCACACCGUGGAUGUUCACGGCUAUGUUUUGGUUUACUCUGUAACAUCAAUGAAAAGCUUUGAAGUGAUUAAGGUGAUUCACAGUAAACUGCUAGAUAUGGUGGGAAAAAUCCACCGGCCAUCAUCUCCACAUUAUGCUCCACCUCUUGAACCUCCCUGUUUUUGCCAGAUGUGCAGAAUACCAACAGUGCUGGUUGCAAAUAAGAGGGAUCUUUCUAAACAAAGGGUGGUGCAGACCGAAGAAGGGAAGAAGCUUGCAGAUUCCUGGGGGGCUGCUUUCUUGGAAUCCUCAGCAAAACAGAAUGAUACUACAGUACAAAUCUUCAAAAUGAUGAUCCAAGAAAUUGAAAAAGCUGAUGGAUGUACACAAGACAGGAAAUGUGAUAUGAUGUAGAGUGGUUUGUGGAAAUGACAUUUUUCUGGAUAGCAAAGAAGAGAGGCACCUAUGAAUUUGUUUUCAAGUCUAACUGUUUGGCGAGUGAUUACCCUAUAGUCAAAUUGCUAGCACAGAGGUCCACUACAACUGUUUUGCACUAAUCAACUUAUUGGUACAUUAGUCCUAUAUUGGUUAUUUGUGCCUUUUUUUUUAGUUUGUACUAGUUCUGGCAUCAACUGGAUUCCAAAAUAUUUCAAAAGAGGAGAAGAAAGGAAGGAGACCUACCAAUUUUGCACUGUAGAAGUCAUUAUAAAGCAGUUUUAUUCAGGAAUGUAUUCAUCAAUUGACUACUACAAUCUGCAACAUACGGUUCCUGAUGGGGGGGGUGUCACUCUUUUGUAGUCUUUUUAGCUUUAUUAAGGAUUGCCACUCUACUGGAAUACAAUGGUUGCAGUCUCUUAUGAGGUGAAUUCAUUUUUCUGACGGACUUUUUAAUGUUUGCAUUUUGUGCUGCCUAUACUAUCACAAAUUUUGUGAUCGGGUAAAAUUUAGAAGUGUUGGACUGCUGAAAUCCUUGUACGCACUUACUAAAAUUGUUUAUAAAUCCAGCUAUUCAACUGAAAUAGCCAAAACAAAACAGUACAUUUUGUAAUGUGUUUAUUACUAAAGCUGCCAAUUAUAACACCUCCAAUUAUAUAUUUUUACUUUUGAUUUAGAAUAAUGCUGAAGCCUCUUUUUGAAAUGGGUCUUUUUCCG